UAGAUAAAUGAAAUUUUUUUGAUGAGAACUCUUUUUAAUGUAGUAGUGGUUAAAAGAAUGAAGAGAAAGAAAGAAAAAAACAUUUAAGAACACACCAAAAGACUCCAAAACAGCUGUGAGGGGUAAAAUCGUCAUUUUGAUAUUAAAAAAAAAAGCAUUUUUUUUAAUCAUCUUUGUCGUCUUCGAAAAUACUCAAAGAGCAUCUGAGAAACCCAAUCUCUCAUCUUCUCCAAUUCCAUACUUUUAUUUUUUUUUCAUCUCUCCUCUCAAACUCAAUCGAACAAGUUUCGAUCUUUUUAAUCAAGUCCUCCACAUGAAGCGCUCUGCUAUCGAUGAUGCUCAGAACGAGAAGAACAAGAAGAUGAAGAGUACAACAACAGAGGAAGAAGGACAAGGCUCAGAAAUCGGAUUCUCGAAUUUAGACGAGAAUCUAGUGUACGAGGUGUUGAAGCACGUUGACGCAAGGACCUUGGCUCUGUCUUCUUGCGUUAGCAAGAUCUGGCACAAGACUGCACAGGACGAGCGGCUUUGGGAGCUGAUCUGUACGCGUCACUGGGCUAACAUCGGCUGCGGCCAAAACCAGCUGAGGUUCGUGGUCUUGGCUCUCGGUGGUUUCAGAAGACUCCACUCGCGUUACCUAUGGCCACUCUCUAGUCCUAAUCCCCGUGCUAGAGUCGGUAAGGAUGAGCUCAAACUCUCCCUUUCUCUUCUCUCCAUUCAAUACUACGAGAAGAUGAGUUUUACUAAGAGAUGAAAUCUCUCCUAAACUCUAAUUAAAUCUACUUCUAAUUACUCCAGCAUAUGAGUUCUUCUUAGUGUUUGGUUUCAUCUCAUGUGUAUUUUGGAGUUUGGUUAGAAAUUGAUAAGUGUGAUGUGAUGUGAUGCGAUGCUCAAAGCUGGCAAGAAUAUUGUUGUAUCCAUAAGCCAGACUGUCAGAAACUGUUAUGUUCUGUAAUAAUAGAGGAUAAUGUUUGAUGAGUUUAAUACUUUCUUUAAUCGGAUCUGUUUAAGUAGACUAA